UCAAACUAAUGGCUGACAACUAACUUCCAAGUAGGAAGUCGUCCCACAACUUUAGGGUAAAUUUACGUCAGUUAACAAAAUAAAUUAAUACAAAAUAUAGAAAGCCAUCAAAUUUAAAAAUGUCGCAAUAUCACGUUUAAUUUUUAAAAAUUAUUCAUUGUGGUCUCUGAAAAAGAAAGCGAUAGAUGAUUUAGCUUCCUUGUCUGUUGUUCAUGUUGCCAGAGUCACAAUCUGACAACAUUGAAACAGAGAGUGGUGUGAGUUCAAGUUAUGGUUGUGAGCCCCUUCAUAUCAAUGGAGUCAUUGAAUCAUUUGGUAAUCUUGCAUUUCAGGUAUAUUAUUUCUGAUCGAAUUUUGUAUUAUCGCAUGUAAACCUGCGUGUAUUCUUCAUUAAAUUAAAUCCAGGCAGUGAUAGUGAUAGAUAACUAAUAUUAAAUUAUACAUUAUACUUAUACAGCACUUAUUUUCAUUUUAUUUCUAAAGCGUCUUUGAACAUCCCCCUACCUGCCAUAACUACAUUGUUUUUUUUUAUUUUUCACCAUGUUGCCACUGUUGAGAUUUUUUAUCACAAACUAUCAGUUAGUAUCAGUUAAAGUUGGUAUGCUAAAUGAAUUUUUCAAAUUGUAGGCAUGUUCAGAAAAAGAAUAAAAUUCGGGGGAGGGGGGCUGAACUUAAUUAGAUAUUCCGUUAUUUUAUAAUUUAUAGGGGCCCAAAAUUCUUUUUUGUUCUUAUAUGGGGUGUAUAAAUAUAAGUCCAAACAAAGGCUCCUGCAUGGGCAUGGGUGAAUGGAACGAGAUCACACUUAGUACACAUACACUUGAUUAUUUAUAUUCAAAAACCAGUACUGAAGGGUAAUGAACUCAUAAGAUAAUUUUAAUUUUUCCUAACUAGCUAAUAUUUACUCCAAUUUUAUAUAAAUUUAUUUUGUGAACAUGAUUUUAGUUUGAAAAGUUAAGCAUCAAUGAAUAAUUUUGGCAUAAUUUAAUAUAGGCAGUGUCUACACGCGCCGGACGUCUAUCUCCCGCACUAUGUGUCCGGCGACCAAGUCACAUGACCGCCGUAACAAAGUGGCGAGAGAUAUCUUGUCGGUCAGCCUUGUCACGUGACUGCGAAUAAUUCAAAACUAUUGUUAAUUUUAAAAUCUAUUUCUCUACCAAGUAAUGUACUGAGUAUCUUGAAUGCAAAUACUUAAGUGAAAGUGGCUUGUAAACAUUUUUGUUUAGUUUGUUAUUUGAGUUUGUGUACCAGUAAUCCAUAAAAUAAAUUAGGGGCCAGUGUGGAGUAGGCGUAGGCAACCAAUAAAAGUUAAAGUAAAAGAUUUCAUUUUAAAUUAUUUCAAUUGCUACAAAAUAUGUAAAAACUUCUCAUGAAACUACUGUUGCUGAGGAACAUGUUAAUAUAAAUAUAUACAAAAUAUUUUUAAUUAAAAUGGGUAGAAAAAAAACGACCCUAUCCCCGGUAUAGAUCCUCAAACCUUCCUAUCGUCAAGCAACCACUCUACCACAAGACCACACAAGAUGUAUUAAACCAUACUUCGUUUGGAAUUAUAAAAACUACUAGUCGUCCGGCCAUGUCCGGCGGUCACGUGACAAGCCGCCGGACGUAUAUCUUGCGCACUACAUGUCCGGCGCGCGGACGUGUAGACACUUCGUUUAAUAUAUAUCUAAUUUCUUGGUUUUUUUUGUUUUUUUUUUGUGAAUAUGCUUUCAGUUGAAAAAUUGCAAUCUGGGAUGUGGAGUGAAAUUUAAAAAAUACAAGAUAAUGGAGAGAUCAUUUACUCUAUCGGCUAUGAACUAAUGUGGGCUAUAAAAAUCAAUAAAAAACAAAAAAGUUAUUGCUGUACAAUUUAGUGUUAGUGCUAACUAAUACUGUCUGGACUAAAUUUUAUAAUGAAUAAACGUAAGAUUACACGCCAAAAUACGAAAUUCGAUCAGAAAAAAUAUAAGCACCAGAACUGCAAGAUUACUGAAUCAUUUAUUGACACAAUAGACUAAAUGUUUUUACAAUUAUUGUUUUGUACAUGGCGUGAUUGAUACUUUUGUAUUUGAUUUUACCCUAUGUUUAAAAACCACUCAACUGUACUGUGUGGUCAAAAGUUUUUUUUUAAAGAACAAUAAGGAAUAACUUAUCCAUCAGUGAGUUUCAGUGCUCAUAGCGUAAUAAUAAUAAUAUUGCUGACUUAUGCCUAAACUAUACCUUAUACUCCAAAGGUAACUUCACAUGAUAAAUUGUAUUUAUGCAUAAACUUGCAGCCUUCAAAAUAAUUUAAAUUAAAUAUUUAAUUAAUUAUUUGUAGCCUAACCAGUGGCGUAUCUAGGAUUGGUGUCACCCAGUGCAGUAAACUCAUGGUGUCACCCCCUCCCCUUUAGAUACACAAUGGAUUUCUUAAAAUAAGUACAUAGUAUUAGUAUAACAAUGUUUUUAUGUAUUUAGAAUCGCCUGACCACAAUUGGGUAUUAAUGGAAAGCUUUAUUUCUCAAACUUUAGAUAAAUAUAGCUUUCUGUCACUUAUGAAAGUUACCCAACACUUCAAUUGGCUCAAUUGGCAUUUAAUCAUGGUCAAAACAGUGUUUUUCUGACCUAAUUAUAGGGUCACCUCAUCAGGGCCGGCCCUCCGGUUGCUGGCGCCUGGGUAAGCACUUAACUAGUGUGCCCCUUUUAAUGGUAAUCAUACAAUUUUUUGCAAGGAAAAAAACUAGGGGUUAGGUAAAGAGUUUAUUACCUAGGUUGUUUUAAACAAAACAAAAAAAACAAUGAACAGUAAUAUUGUUUUUCUGAACUUGUAUUUGUACAGUAUGAACAAUUAGCCUACCAAUGACAUUUUUUUCUAACCUUUAGAUCAGCAGCACUUACUUUUUUUUCUUCCAUGGUGCCCACUUCCAAUCCCUUUUUUUUAUUUCGGAAGACGUUAAUGGCCACCAAAACACAUGGCGCCCCAGGCAACUGUCAGAGUUGCCAGUGCCUUGAGCCGGUCCUGCAACUCAUUUCUGAUGUAUCAACCUUGAACUUUUAAUAAUUAGUGUGGAAAAAUCUGCUUGUUAUCAGUUACUUUUUUAUGAAUUUCUGUUAGACAGAGCAGUGUAUGCUCAGUAAAUAUGGAAUUUUCACUUUGCUGUCACCCCCUGAGAUAAUGUCACCUGGUGCGGUCCGCACCUUCCUAGCUACGCCACUGGGCCUAACUAAGUCUUCUCUACCUACUUGCUGUAACCACUGAAUUUAUUUGUAUGCAAGCAACCAGCAUUUUUUAAACUUGUGUAAAUAUGCAUCAUCAUUAUUUCAGUUUUAUUAAGCUUUUUUAAUUUUUUGGCUAUCAUUUCUUAUUUAUUUCAAGUGCACUUACUUCCAUGUAACAAAAAAAAGUGGUUAUAGAAUAAAUGAUAAUGAAUCUGUUGCAUAAAUUAUAACAGACAGUAGCAGAACAAUUGAAGUGUGAUCCUUGAUUCUACUGUUAUCUCUGAGUUCAACUCUUCUUUAGUGACUCCUGCUCAUUAAACUCAUUGGUGAUUUCAGUAAGUAUGCAGCUAUGGGCUUAAUUUAUUAAACGUUAUGUUCAAACCAUGCAAACUAUAUUUAAAACUUAACUGCUUAUUACAAAUAUUAAUACAAAUCUGCUUACAUGCAUUGCAUUGGAGUUGAAAUAUUUUUCAUCGUUAAUUGUUUUAUUUGUGCAUUUUAUUUAAAGGAAAAUGGGAAAUCUGCUGCGUAUUCUACUCAAUGCUGAUCCAUCUUCAAAACAUUCAGAGAACAUAUUUGUAGAUUUUGAAAGUAAGUCAUGCUUGAUUAAAGCCUAAUUAUUUUAAAUACUAAAAAAAAUAUAAGUAUUUACAUAUAGUCUAAAUUUUAAAAAAAAAAUGUAUGCUUUCUUGUUUUGCUUUAGAUGUGCAACCUACUGAGGCAGAACAACGUGUUUGGAAGUUAGUAAAGUCUGUGUUAGAUUCAGCUCAAGAAGUUUUGAUGGAACUGCAAAGAUACACUGGCGCUACUGAAGAAAUAAGAAUGGUCAGUUGAACAUUUUUAAAGAAUCAGAUUAAGUCUUAAUUUACUCCUGGUCCCAGGGGAUUAUAGAGGAUUAAAGGAAAUUUCUCAGGAAAAAAGCUUAACACCCUGUUACCUAGAAGGAAUCCAUAGACAAAUAAAACGAGUUUUAAAAAACAUUUUACCCAACAGGCAUCAAAUAUUCUUCAUAUUUCCCUGGCCAAAUCCUUCAUUCAGAACUUUCCUAUAUUAUUUUUAGUGUUGAGAGUGGGGCGUGGUGGGUGAUUCAUAGAACACUAAUAAAACUAAUUACAUAAUAAUAUAUGGUUUAACCCACUUGUGCCCAAAAUUGUGUUAAAAACUAAAAUUACUAUUUAAUUUUGAAAAUAAUAACUUGUUUUCACCACUAGAGGGUGUUUUAGUGCAAUCCCUUGACAGUAGUGGUUCUCAACCUUCCUAAUGCAGAGACCUUUUAAUACAGUUCCUCAUGUUGUGGUGACCCCCAACCAUAAAAUUAAUUUUGUUGCUACUUCAUAAAUAUGUGUUUUCUAAUGGUCUUAGGCGACCCCUGUGUAAGAUUAAUUCAACCCCCAAUGGGGUGGAAACCCACAGGUUAAGAACUGCUGUUCCACAGGGGCAAAAGGCACAACAGUGCCUUUUGCUAUCACCAGAAAAAUUCAUGAACCAAAUAUUACAAUGUAUAACAACUAGGGAAUCAGUUAAAGUUUGUAUAAUUUAUAAAAUGUAUAUAUUUUUUACAAGAAUAUCUUUAAAAAACUAUGUCAUCAGUUUAGAGAUAAUGAAAAAAUACACACUAAAUUAUAUUAACAUAAAAAUAUUAAAGAGUAAACCAUCAUGAUGUAACACAACAUAAUCAAUAGAACAUGUACUUUUCUGACAGGAAUUACAGAUUCAAAAUUGACACCCUUUAGCUAUAAUCUGCUCUCUCAAAUGACCUUAUUUAGUGUGAAAGGUAAAAAAGCAUCGGUCAUAAACUCCAUCAUUGCAUUUGAUGCAACACUGUCUACAUUUCAUUCUACUAGACGCACAUCGUGCUGUUUUCAGUAGGAUCAAUAUAAUGAUCAAUGUGAUCAUUUUAUAUCUCAAUGGGAAUACACUUUUCUAUAGCAUCAGGGUUUCCACCCUCUUUCCUUGAAUGAACUAUUACGACCAGAUCAGCCAAACUUUGGCAAUCUCCUAGUUAAACAGCCAACAAUUUCUUGGACUCUCUGCUAUGUGGUGUAGCACUCCAUAGAUGCCAAGUUUAAAGAAAACAAACGUUCAAACUGUACAGCAAGAUUGGACACCACCACUUUUUUUUUACUUUGUUGCACACCAUCAUACUUUAAAAAAGAAAUGUUUUAAGCCCAGAAAAUAUUUUUUAGAUCUUUCAUUCAAAAGGCGCAGAAGUGGCCUGACUUCAGAAAAUGUGUCAUGCUUAUCAAGACUGGUUUUGUCAGGAAUAUGUACAUAGCACAUUAUCUCUUGUAAAUUUACAUUGCUAAGCAUUCUUUUUUAUUAACAUUUCUUUAAAAACACACUUACUAAAAGAUGAUUGGUAAAAAAAAAGUUAUGGUUCAUCUUCUUUGUUCGGCAACUUUGCUGUUUCCCUUCCAAGUUUUUCAAAAUGUUGCUUGGAGAAAGAGGAAGUACUAAAGGGAAAAAUUCUGCUUAACUCUGUUUAAAGGCAGCAGCCUUCGUUAGUAAGUUUUGGGUCGCGUUCAUUUAAAUGUGCUAAGUACACUUGGUUAUUGAGGAGAAUGUGCAGUAUUUAUCGUAAGGGAUACACACAAGGCAAAUAUCGGAUGAGCUCAAAGGGUGGGGAUAUUUGGAUAUUUUUUGUUUCUGUUGAAAUUGUAAUACAUUUUUGUUAUAAACUGUUUCUAAAAAAAAAUGGCCACUUUGGGAAGAAAAAAAAUAACAAGGAAGGUUAUCUAGGGGUACAGUAUCACAAUCAAGUGUGUUUGUCAUAGGCUGUUGCUUAUCAGUUACCAGUGAACACACAGAAGUUGAUGUGGUCCUGUGAAAACAAAACAAAAAAUUACCGUAAAACAAAAUAGACAAGUUGUAAAAAAAAAAAAAAAUAUCUGAUAACCCAAAAUUAAAGUCUAUGUCAUUAUGAAAUCAUAAGCUAAUUCUGUUUGGCAAAACUAUUUAAAAGCCUACAUGCCAAAAACGAACAGUCACCGGUACUCACUGCAUUGGUUAAUUCCUUUUCAGGCCAUUUCCAAUCCAAAGAUUGAGGACUUGCAAGACCGUGCAUGGCAAUCAGUCACACCACUUGUAUCUAAGCUCAAAAUGUUUUUUGAAUUCUCUUUAAAACUGGGUAAGUGAUUACAGCUUGGGGGGGGGGGGGGGCAUUUUUGGGGGGAAAUUUAAAAAAAAAAAAAAAAAAAAAACAGUUUACAAAAAAUAAAAUAACAAAAUAGAGUGGAUUUAGUUGUUAAAAUUUGAUGCCACUUUAGCGAUUAUACAGAACUGCUUUGUUCAAUGUGGUUCAAGAUUUAGAGACAUAAUUUAAUGCCAAUAUGAAUUAACUACCACAAUUGGGACAAUGGCAUUUUAUACAAGAGACUACUGCAAAGAUUCUGAUCAGUGGCAAUCUAAUUAGAGAUAAUGGCAGUGUGGGGCCAGGUGCUUUCCUUUAGCAUAUUUUAAUUCAAUCAGAAAAUUCCUAAAUAUUUUUGUCCAACCUUUGCUAUUUAUUAAAGACAUCGUUCAAUACUAGCUUUCACACUUCACAUGUAAUUUCAUAAAUUUUGGGGGCAGCUGUUCAAUCGAGCAAAUAUUACUCCUGUACUAAUGUCUACCAAGUAAUUUUAACCAGUUCAAAUUAAUAAUGAUUAAAAAUCCUAAUGACAGAUUUUUCAGCCUACAAAUAAAAAUAUAUCCUUAGAAUUAUGUUGUAUAUCUGUAUUGCAUAUGCAUGAUUACUUCUCCCUAUAUUCUUAUACUAUAUGGAGAUGCUGAAAUGAUAUUAUACCUUGUUCUGCUGUCCUGUCCUUAUCAGAACAAGUCAUUCCAGUACUUUUGGGGGAGCUUUGUUCUGAAGAUCUAACACCCAGAGAACACUUGGAGCAGCAACAAGCUCUUUUCAAGCAGUUUGCUGAAAUUCUUGACUUUGUACUGAAAUUUGAUGACCUGAAGGUAAAGCAUGCAGAUUUGUAUAGGAUUAGGUGACCUACAUGGAAAGCAUAGAAUCAAUUCCGUCCAUUCAUGUUAAUUCUAUUUAAUUUGGAUGUCCAGCAUAAAUCUAAAGCUUACUCCAUUUAAAACAUUAAUUCAAGGAAAGUUUAAAUAAAUAUAUUAUGCCGUCAAUAAUCCAAACGUCAAAAAUCCAUUUGCAUCUCUAAAAAUAUCUAAAACAUAACCAAAAAAAAAAAAUCAAGGGAACCUCCAUGACAAUAACUGUUCACAAGUCAUGUGCUAAAUCGUGAGGUCAAUAUGGCAUUCCAAAAUCGGGAUAUGUCAAUAAUUUAAAAAAUUAAUUCAAGGAAAGUUUAAAUAAAUAAAUUAUGCCGUCAAUAAUCCAAACGUCAAAAAUCCAUUUGCAUCUCUAAAAAUAUCUAAAACAUAACCAAAAAAAAAAAAAAUCAAGGGAACCUCCAUGACAAUAACUGUUCACAAGUCAUGUGCUAAAUCGUGAGGUCAAUAUGGCAUUCCAAAAUCGGGAUAUGUCAAUAAUAAGGACAGGGUCAAAGCACUGUUAGUUUGUAAAUUGACAUCUUAAUGUCCUUAAAAAAUAUAGAUCCUAAAUUAUUGUCACAUCUCAAUGUUAAAGCUAAAAUUAGGGCACAUACUCAUAUAAGACCUUAAUUUGUUGUACAAAUAUAUAACAUUAUAAAUAAAACGUUCUUGUCAUCCAAACUAAAUGCUAAUCUUACACCACAUUUACCUACUUGAAGAAUUUGGUUUGGGUAGGUCUACUUUUGAGUGUUCAUAAAGACUAUGCAAAGAAAGCAAAGCCAAAUUUUUACAUAAUUAACAAUAUGAUAGAUCUGUGAUGCCUAAUGUUGAUGUUGCAUUUACUCUUCCUUACUUUUCUUUUCAUUGUUUUUUUUUUCUUUUUUGGUGUAAGCCAAAUCAAUUAUGGGAACUUAAUAGGGUAACCUUUUGUCAGGCUCAAUAAAUAAAAUAUUUUACAGUCUCUGAUAAACUUUUGAGCUGUCAGUCUUUUUUUUUUUUUUUUUUUUUUUUUAAAUUGAAAUAAAAAUUACCUUUUUUUUUUUUUUUUUUUUUUUUUUUUUUUUUUUUUUUUUUUUUUUUUUUUUUUUUUUUUUUUAAAUAGAAAUAACAAUUACCUUUUAUUGAACAAUAUCUACAGAUGACAACACCUGCCAUACAGAAUGACUUCAGUUACUACAGGAGAACUUUAAACCGCAGGAAACUAGCUAAUGAGGUACUUUGUUAGCAUUAAACUUUUUAAAAUCAUUUCUUGUAAAAUUGUCAUUGUUUAUUUUUUUCAUCAUGUCUUCAAACCGAGUUGUUCUUAAGGUCUUUUUCUUUGUUGACUUUCUGAGCAUAAGUAUCUUAAUCUUUUCAUCUCUAGACCCUCGGUUGACAUAUCUGGGUCAACAUUUUGAUGAAACUCUAUUAGGAUUUAUAAUUAUUGAAUGUCUUAUGGUUUUUUGGACAGAUGUGUUAAUCUGUCAUGUCAGUAUUAAUUUUAUUUAUGACACUCUCAGUCCCAAUAUUUGAGGGACAACUAGAUGCACAGCAACUUUGAAUCAAAUAAGAGAAUCUCUCAAGUUGUACUAAAGUUAUACAUCAUUGUAUGUUAUUGUUUCUGCUAUGGCUUGAUAAUUAAAAUAUCCUUGCGUUUAAGAACCUGAUGUAAAUUUUGUUUCUCACAGAGGAUAUAUUAUUUUAAUCUGUGUAACAUUUUAUGUACUUUAAUUUUCAUGAUUGUGAAUAAUCAGCUGUAAGUGCAGUCAUCUGCUUUAGAAAGUGCAUCUAUUUCAUUAACAUACAUUAAGUCUGUGGCAUAAAUCUGUUAAGGAUCAUUGUAAUUAAAUUGCCACAUCAUUGUAGAAUGAAUUAAUCAUUUGGCAAACAUGUAUUCCCAACAUGCUUCUCACUGAAAAACAUGACUAAAGACUGGUUAUUAGAUAAAAUGAGUGGAUAAUGUAAUUUUUUUUUCUUUUUCAAAUCAUCCUUUCAAAUUAUUUUAAUUUAAUGGCAUUUGCCAUCAUUCUGCUAUGAGCAUAUUAAUUUUUAAACAUAUUUAAAAACAUUAAAAAAUUGUUUUAAACUGCAUCAUUAUUACUAUUUUAAAUGAGAUUUAUAUUUGUUUUUAUUAUUAUUUAUGGUUAUAAAUUCAAAACUUAAACAAGGAAGUAAAAUAAACAAAAACUGAAAAAUUCGAUUGUGUGUGGGGAAAAAAAAUCAGCACUUCUCCCUUUUAAUUUACAUUUAUAUUUCCUGUCACCUGUUCUUUAGUUAAGAAUUACCCUUUUUUUUUUUUUUGAAGAUCCAGAACCUAUUUUUGUCUCAACAGUCUAUUUAAAUAUUUGGGUUUUCUAGACAAAGCUUUCAGACACUUGUGUUUACCCAAGCUCCUUAUUCACUUGAGGAUAACAGCAUUCUUCUCAGAAUGUGGAGUUUUCAAAGCUAUUUUAGGGCUCAGUUCAAAGUGGGGGAAAAGCUUUUCUUACCAAUCAUGGGCACCAACCAUCUAAAAUGUAAUGAUAACAGAAAUAUAAUGAAACGGUGGCUCUUAAGCUAUUGAAGCGUAAGGACUGCUGCGCGCAAAUGAAAUCUUUGUGAUAAAUUUAAAAUGCAUAAUACUUAAUUAUGUUUUUAAAAUGGGAAGAAGAAAUUACCGUAUUUAUUGGCGUUUAACACGCCCCGCAUAUACCACGCACAUCAAUUUAAGAAGGAAAUUGCAGGGAAAAAAACUAAACAUUAUAUCGGCGUAUAACACGCACACAUCAUUUGCCUCCUAUUUUCAGGGAGAAAAGUGUGUUUUAUACGCCAAUAAAUACAAUAUAUAUAUAUAUUUUUUUUUUAUGAUUUGAUUUGUUUUUGCUUUUUUUAAAAUGUAAGGAUGAAAUUCAAGAUGGUGAAGAACAUGUAUCAAAUGAACUAGCCAAUAGGAUGUCCUUAUUUUAUGCCCAAGCCACACCCAUGCUGAAGUCUCUCAGCGAUGUGACUGCAAAGUUUGUGUCACAAGUAAGUCUACGUUUCAAAAAGCAUUCAUAAUAUUUCAAAGACAAGUUGUUACAGAAGUCUGAGUAAUUUCUGAUUAAGUGAAGUCUUCAGCUUCAAAUGAUGGUGAUACUAAGCUUGGAUGGAUCAAAUAAUACUAUAUUAAUAUGUUUAUAUUGGUUUAUUUUAGAGUUGAUAAAGAAAUUAAAUCUUAAAUCAAGUUCCAGUUGACAUUCUUAUUCAUAAAGAAUGAAAAGAUGGGCUCAUUCAAAGCAUACAGUGAAAACACUUUGAGAGGAUUCUCUAAUCGACAAAUAAAAAAAAAAUACCUCAUUUCCCAUUUCAGCAUAAAGACCUUCCAGUAGAGCAGACCACAGAUUGCCUGAGCAUGAUGGCCAACAUUUGUCGUGUUAUGAUAGACAACCCGUAAGUGUCAUUUACAACUAGACUUUAUAUCUAGCAUAAAUAAGUGACUGCAAUUUUUUUUAUUUAAAUUUUUUUUUUUUUUUUUAUGUUUUUGCUGUUGUUGUUUUUCUGUCUGCACGUACCGGGGAGUCGUAAUGGGGAGGUACAUUUGGCAAUCUGUCGUUCAGUUGUUGAUGAAUUAAUUUUUUCCUCCGUUUAUGUUAUAUUGAGAAAUUAGUUUCUGCUUCAGGCUUUCUGGGCCUGUUGUUGUGAGUGAUGCAAUCAGAGUUUUCCUUCUUCUUUGUUGCUAGUGUAUGUUAAAGAUUUUGAUAUUUUAUUAUAGGAAUAAUUUGCCUCAAAGAGACAAGAUUUUUAGUGAUAAGCAACAAAAAAAAAUUAACGAAAAGUUUUAAAGUACCAAAUCUAUAUUUAUAAUAAAAUAAUUCUAUAUUUAAAAAAAAAAAUAAUAAUCCAGUUCAUCAAACGGUACAACUACUAAAACAGUAAUGCAUCACUUCAAUUAAUAAAACAUUAAUGUAAUACUACAAUAAUAAAACAUUAAUGUAAUACUACAACACUAAAACAUUAAUGCAUUUCUACAACUACUAAAAAAUAAUGCAAUACUACUACUACUAAAACAGUAAUGCAUUACUACAAUUAAUAAAACAUUAAUGUAAAUCCAAUGGUUUUAGAUAAGUUGUUGGGUAGAGAGUAAGCUCCUUCUUUUGUUUUUUUAAUUAUGGCAUGGGCAAAAAGCUGAUCGGUUAUCCCAAAGACCCGGUUAGCUUUAUAAAUUGCUGUGUUCCAUAUUUUUUUCACCAGAGAGUACAAGCAGCGCAUAAAGGAGGACACCCGACUCUUCUGUCUACGGGUGAUGGUUGGGGUCAUCAUUCUUUAUGAUCAUGUACAUCCAGUAGGGGCUUUUGCUAAAACUUCAGGAAUUGAGGUAAAUUGAAUUUCUUGAAGAAUAUCAAAAUAAUGGAUACGAAAAAAAUUUAGUUGGUAUGAAUUUAAAAAUUUCUAGUCAUAAAAUGACUUCUGAAUAUGAAUAUGUUUCCCCCUUUGAAUUCUAAUAAUGUUUUGUUUUUUUUUAAAUCCAAGGACUUUAGUACAACCCUAAUUUUCAUAAAAAUUCUAAAUUUAAAAUAUAUACCGAGAAAAAUUCCCCCCCCCCCCCCCCCCAUUUAGGACCAAUGGAUGCUGCAUUUCCUCAUUGAUAGGAAGUUUCAAACUAUAUUUCCACUGUUGUCACAUUAGUAAUGAGGAUUCUGACAGCAGUAUCCUGGACAGUUAACUAAUUUUGAGUUGACUGAAUGACGCCCUAUGGUAUAAACUGUUCUUAUGUACAAAUCCAUAUCUCAGUUGCAUUCAUCACAAACACUACUACAUUCCAGAUGAAAGGAUCCAUCAAGCUUUUAAAGGAUCAAGAAAGAUCGAAAGUAGAGUCUUUACUGAAUGCUUUGAGGUGAGUUUAAUGACUUCCUUAGCUCAGCUGUUGGUGGGCUGUGGGGUCAUUAUGAGUCAAUUCCAAAACUGGAUUGGAGUUCAGUCCCCAUCAAAAAAAAACCCCGACAAGAAAUAAACGACACCAGCACCCUGGGUGGAUGGGGCUUGUUAACCUUGGUUGGCUACUCACUGACACUGCAAAAAUCCAGGCAACUCCUGUGGAAUGCAGAAAGUGCACAUUGGUCAUCAACCACAUCCAGGCCUAUCUCCCGGUCAUUGUGAAUAAGUCUUUACACUGGAUUCAGUAGGUAACUCUGACAUACGGUUUACACCCUCUGCUAGGAAUCUUGGUUAUAUUCUUUCUAACAACAUGUCUCUCGAUAAACACAUCUCACAUUUGUCGUUCAGCAUGCACCACUAUCCGUCAGAUCAGCUCCAUACGCCACUACCUCACAGUUAGCGCUACAAAAGCUCUAGUCUGUGCUCUUGUUUUCUAUCGUCUUGACUAUUGCAACUCUCUUCUGUCAGGUUCACCAAAACACUGCAUAGAAAAACUGCCGAAAGUUCAAAACUCAGCUGCUAGGCUAGUUUUAAAUGCAAAAAACGUGAUCACGUCACUCCAUUCCCUUCAUUGGUUACCUAUACAGGCACACAUCGACUACAAGUUGUCUGUUCUCUGUCACAACUUUUUCUUGGAUUCCUGCCCUUUCUAUCUAACAGAACUUCAAUUCUGUCUAUUCACCCCUUCGACAGCUUCGCUCCUCUGCAGACACGCGUAUUCUGUCCAUUCCCAAGACACACACUAAAACAUAUGGUGAACGAUCUUUCUCUUUCUGCGCCCCCAAACAAUGGAAUUCUUUGCCACUAAACAUACACAAUAUACCAACCACCCUGGCCUUCAAAACUGCACUAAAAACAUAUCUUUUUAAAUUAUACUACCCUGACUGAUUCCCCUCCUCUGACCGAUAAAUGAUCUUGCUGGCUGCCGUCCAUGGUUUGCCUUGUAAAAGUUAUGUGGUGGGGUGGGUGAAUAUACAUUACUGUUCUUUAUUUCAUAAAUCUAUUUUAUUUUAAUGUCAUGAUUAUGUCUCUUUUGAUAAAAUAAUUAUGUACAGCGCGGUGAGCCCAGCCCUAGGCUGGGGUACCACGCUAUAUAAGACGUCUUAUUAUUAUUAUUAUGAAAUAGAGAGAGCAAGGUUGAACAAUGGCGCAAUAAUAAGAAAUAGGCAGAACAAAAGAAAAUAAGGUUGAACAAUGGCGAAAUAGGCAGAACAAGAGAGAGUAAAGUUGAACUAUGGCGCAAUAAUAAGAAAUAGGCAGAAGAAGAGAGAGUAGGUUGAACAAUUGGCGCAAUAAUAAGAAAUAGGCAGAACAAGAGAGAGUAGGUUGAACAAUUGGCGCAAUAAUAAGAAAUAGGCAGAAGAAGAGAGAGUAGGUUGAACAAUUGGCGCAAUAAUAAGAAAUAGGCAGAACAAGAGAGAGUAAGGUUGGACAAUGGGGCAAUAAUAAGAAAUAGGCAGAACAAGAGAGAGUAAGGUUGAACAAUGGUGCAAUAAUAAGAAAUAGGCAGAACAAGAGAGAGUAAGGUUGAACAAUGGGGCAAUAAUAAGAAAUAGGCAGAACAAGAGAGAGUAAUGUUGAACAAUGGUGCAAUAAUAAGAAAUAGGCAGAACAAGAGAGAGUAAGGUUGGACAAUGGGGCAAUAAUAAGAAAUAGGCAGAACAAGAGAGAGUAAGGUUGAACAAUGGGGCAAUAAUAAGAAAUAGGCAGAACAAGAGAGAGUAAGGUUGGACAAUGGGGCAAUAAUAAGAAAUAGGCAGAACAAGAGAGAGUAAGGUUGGACAAUGGGGCAAUAAUAAGAAAUAGGCAGAACAAGAGAGAGUAAGGUUGGACAAUGGGGCAAUAAUAAGAAAUAGGCAGAACAAGAGAGAGUAAGGUUGGACAAUGGGGCAAUAAUAAGAAAUAGGCAGAACAAGAGAGAGUAAGGUUGGACAAUGGGGCAAUAAUAAGAAAUAGGCAGAACAAGAGAGAGUAAGGUUGGACAAUGGGGCAAUAAUAAGAAAUAGGCAGAACAAGAGAGAGUAAGGUUGGACAAUGGGGCAAUAAUAAGAAAUAGGCAGAACAAGAGAGAGUAAGGUUGGACAAUGGGGCAAUAAUAAGAAAUAGGCAGAACAAGAGAGAGUAAGGUUGGACAAUGGGGCAAUAAUAAGAAAUAGGCAGAACAAGAGAGAGUAAGGUUGGACAAUGGGGCAAUAAUAAGAAAUAGGCAGAACAAGAGAGAGUAAGGUUGGACAAUGGGGCAAUAAUAAGAAAUAGGCAGAACAAGAGAGAGUAAGGUUGAACAAUGGGGCAAUAAUAAGAAAUAGGCAGAACAAGAGAGAGUAAGGUUGAACAAUGGGGCAAUAAUAAGAAAUAGGCAGAACAAGAGAGAGUAAGGUUAAACAAUGGGGCAAUAAUAAGAAAUAGGCAGAACAAGAGAGUAAGGUUGAACAAUGGGGCAAUAAUAAGAAAUAGGCAGAACAAGAGAGAGUAAGGUUGAACAAUGGGGCAAUAAUAAGAAAUAGGCAGAACAAGAGAGUAAGGUUGGACAAUGGGGCAAUAAUAAGAAAUAGGCAGAACAAGAGAGUAAGGUUGAACAAUGGGGCAAUAAUAAGAAAUAGGCAGAACAAGAGAGUAAGGUUGGACAAUGAGGCAAUAAUAAGAAAUAGGCAGAACAAGAGAGAGUAAGGUUGGACAAUGGGGCAAUAAUAAGAAAUAGGCAGAACAAGAGAGAGUAAGGUUGGACAAUGGGGCAAUAAUAAGAAAUAGGCAGAACAAGAGAGAGUAAGGUUGGACAAUGGGGCAAUAAUAAGAAAUAGGCAGAACAAGAGAGAGUAAGGUUGGACAAUGGGGCAAUAAUAAGAAAUAGGCAGAACAAGAGAGAGUAAGGUUGGACAAUGGGGCAAUAAUAAGAAAUAGGCAGAACAAGAGAGAGUAAGGUUGGACAAUGGGGCAAUAAUAAGAAAUAGGCAGAACAAGAGAGAGUAAGGUUGGACAAUGGGGCAAUAAUAAGAAAUAGGCAGAACAAGAGAGAGUAAGGUUGGACAAUGGGGCAAUAAUAAGAAAUAGGCAGAACAAGAGAGAGUAAGGUUGGACAAUGGGGCAAUAAUAAGAAAUAGGCAGAACAAGAGAGAGUAAGGUUGGACAAUGGGGCAAUAAUAAGAAAUAGGCAGAACAAGAGAGAGUAAGGUUGGACAAUGGGGCAAUAAUAAGAAAUAGGCAGAACAAGAGAGAGUAAGGUUGGACAAUGGGGCAAUAAUAAGAAAUAGGCAGAACAAGAGAGAGUAAGGUUGGACAAUGGGGCAAUAAUAAGAAAUAGGCAGAACAAGAGAGAGUAAGGUUGGACAAUGGGGCAAUAAUAAGAAAUAGGCAGAACAAGAGAGAGUAAGGUUGGACAAUGGGGCAAUAAUAAGAAAUAGGCAGAACAAGAGAGAGUAAGGUUGGACAAUGGGGCAAUAAUAAGAAAUAGGCAGAACAAGAGAGAGUAAGGUUGGACAAUGGGGCAAUAAUAAGAAAUAGGCAGAACAAGAGAGAGUAAGGUUGGACAAUGGGGCAAUAAUAAGAAAUAGGCAGAACAAGAGAGAGUAAGGUUGGACAAUGGGGCAAUAAUAAGAAAUAGGCAGAACAAGAGAGAGUAAGGUUGGACAAUGGCACAAUAAUAAGAAAUAGGCAGAACAAGAGAGAGUAAGGUUGAACAAUGGGGCAAUAAUAAGAAAUAGGCAGAACAAGAGAGAGUAAGGUUGAACAAUGGGGCAAUAAUAAGAAAUAGGCAGAACAAGAGAGAGUAAGGUUGAACAAUGGCGCAAUAAUAAGAAAUAGGCAGAACAAGAGAGAGUAAGGUUGAACAAUGGGGCAAUAAUAAGAAAUAGGCAGAACAAGAGAGAGUAAGGUUGAACAAUGGGGCAAUAAUAAUCACUUUCUGGUUCUUUAAGAAGUACAAACAUUUCUUCUUGAGAAGCUGACAUAAGCAGAUGUUUAGUUGCCUUCAUUCAUUGGCACUGAUAGGUGCCUGAGGUAAAAGUGAAGACAUGAUACUUCUGUCUGUCUUUUGCUCCCACUGAAGAUGUCUGCAAGGUCUGGUUUACUUUUCUUCAGACCUUUUGCUAUUGUUAAGUGUUGGGUCUCUUUAGGUCUUCCCAGGUUUUGUUUUUUCCCCAUGGUAUGUCCUGUGCAGUGAGCUGGGUGGUCUCCUUUAGACAUAUCUCCAGUGGUGCGCACAUAUCUCCAGUGGUGCCCUCAUGUAUUUCUAUUCUCCAUUAUAGAAACUCUUUACUCUGUUGUUCUAUUAUUGGUAUAACUAGAAAUAACCCACCAAUCUAUGGCAGCGGAAACGUGUGAACUUCCCAUCUACUGACUUGACAAAGCAAACAUUCAAGUAGCACACUUUAUAAGAAUCCCAAUUAGUGGUAACUUCUGGGAAUUUUUGUAGUCUAUUGAAACAAAAAUUUUGUUUACAGGAUACUUUUAAAUUGUUAUAGUUUGAAUAUUGCAAAACUGAUUAGAAGGUUUUCCAUAUGCUAACAAAUGAGAAGUACAAUCUAAUCUUAAUACAUUUCCAUUUAAUUGGAGCAUAACAUAUCUUAUACCAGUUGUAACAUAUGCAAGUGAAACUUGGACCCUAACGAAAACAACAGAAAACCAAUUAAAUACGUGGGGGAGAAAAUGUCUCCAGAUGAUAUAUGGUCCAAAAAAAUGGAUGAAUAUGAAUGGAGAAUAUAAACCAACCAGGAAUUGUAAAGACUAUAUCAAGAUGCCACGCUAGUAGCCUAAAUAAAAGAACAAAGGCUAUGGUGGGCUGGACAUUAGAAAGAAUGCCAAAUGACAGGCAUGAAGAAGGUGCACUGCCAAAACCCCAGAGAGUAACUGCUCAAAGGCUUAGAUGGAUGGAUGUUGUGGAAAAAGAUCUACAUCAGCUGGGAUUCCAACCAUGAAAAAGAAAAGCAUAAGUCAGGUCGGAAUGGAAGGAAGUGGUGAGGCAGGUCAAAGCCCUAUAUGGGCUGUAGCGUCAUAGUGAUAGAUAACAUAUCUUAUAAUUAAAAUUUUAAAAAACAACACCUUAUGCCAAAUAAUGAAAUAGGUAGGACAACACUGAGGUAAGAAAACACUGAGGUAGGGCAAUACUGAGGUAGGGCAGCACUGAGGUAGGAAAACACUAAGGUUGGGCAGCACUGAGGUAGGGCAGCACUGAGGUAGGGCACCUCUGAGGUAGGUCAGCACUGAGGCAGGAUUUGAACAAAAAAACAGUUCAAUCUGUGGAAUUUAUUAUUUAUUCUUGAUCUAUUUGAACAGUGAGCACAUCUUUUUUAUCCUGUGGACAAAUGAGAGCAUUUCAUUCCCCAAUUUCAGGUACACGACAAAACACCUGCAGGACGUCGCAACAUCGAAAAACCUUAAAGCCAUGUUGGCCGAUUAACACUGCCUUGAGCCUACCGGAUGCGUGCUGUGUGACUGAACCCAGAGCUGGAUGCUUGAGUCCGGAGCCGAUGUUGAGCUUUUUCCUGCUCUGAACCCCGGGCUGAUUUGUCACGUUUGCCAGGCAAGAUUUGAUGUCUCCCCAACAGUUGUAAUAAAUUUGUCGUUUGAUUUAAUGCAGGGGAGAAAGAAAGGUGGGAUUAGGAAGG